CACAGCCUAGAUAUUCGGCGAAUUUCACGCGGCCUGGUCAUUUCAGCAACUCCUCCCGCGCAGUUCGGUUGUUCCUACCUUGCAGUUUGUAAACACCUGUGUCUUUCGGCAGUUCCUAUGCAGUUCGGUACUUCCUACACAGUUUGGUAGUAGACUCUAUCUCAGGCUUGUGAAGUGGCUUGACGUGUUAGUUUCGGAACUAAGACACUCCUUCUCCCACUAUUGACGCGACAGUCUGUACCACAGCGUUCAUCAACGCUAACACCGACACGGAGUUGUUGACGAAUAAGGCACCCUUGGAGUCAUGUGCUCUCGCGCUCCUGUGCCCGCGCGAACCGGAAACUUGAUGACCGAGCGUCCGGAAUCAUUCUCGCCGUUUCCAGCGUAGUUUUCAUUUUAAGAGCUCGAAACUCCAGAGUCGUUCUCAUUCCAGACGAAUACGUGGCCAUGGCUGCGAGCACCACCCACAGCAGCGUUCAAAUCAAGAAGGAAGCCGCCAUGCAUACUGCUUCUAAGCUGCUUGAGACGUCUCAGAAGAAGGCUGCCGUCGACGCCAACCAUUCAGUUCCGAAGCCGCUAAGGGAGAAGUGCUGGCGCGUGACACAUGAUGAGCUCUUCUCCGACUGGAAGCUCCUAACCGCCGCUGACGAUUGGUCAAACCAUUCCCAAGGCGUCCCAGGAACCACACGGUACCGCAUUGCAAACCUUCCCGACCAAACUGGCCCGGGCGUGUACGAGCUGGGGCUGCUUCCGAACCAGGUGGUUCGGCGGCAGCGGCGGCUGCACCGGUCGCAGGUCCGGGUGGUGUACGUGGGGCACUCGGACAAUGUGCGGACCAGGAUGCAGCAGUAUGGGCAGUCGGGAUCGCAUCUCAAGGCGAUGUUUGAAGAGGUUUUUCGGGAGGACUAUGCCGUGGUCUUCCGAUGGACUGCUGCUUCAACCAAGGCUGACGCAGCAGCAACUGAGACGCUUCUCCUCUCGUCCUUCGACUACUCCUGGAACGUGUGCAACAACCACCACCGCCGCCACGACCGGCUUCUAACUAAGCUCCAAGUCGGGCCCUCCUUCUCCCGCCGAGUCGCCCUCGCCUUCCCGUCACUUCCCCUUGCUCGAAUCAUCACUCCUGUUGCCGUUGGGGCGGAUAUAACAGCUAUCACUGCUGUCACUGCUGCCACUGCUGCCACUGCUGCCAGUGCUAGCGCUGCUAGUGCUGCUGCCACUCCUGCUCCUGCUCGUUCGCAUGGUGCUGCUGCAGCUCCUUCCCUUCCAGCCAAUGCUGCUGUUGCCCCUCGUUCCUCUUCCCCUGCUGCUAGAAAGCAGGAGAGAGCAGCAGAGAAACUCCCAGGUAGAUCACCAGGUAGAGCAGCAUGUAGGGAGUCAGGUAGGCCAGCGGCUAAAACACCUGACAGAACACCUGGUGAACUGUCAGGUGGAGCAGCAGUGACGGUCUGCGGGGCUCCCCUCUCACAGGGAGGAGUGUGCAGGGCUGCUGCAAUUGAAGGGCGGCUCAGGUGUGCACAACACAAGGGCAUGAGGGUCAAGAACCGAGGUGCCGUGUGUGACGGUGUGAGGGAAGGAGGGAGGGGAGGAGGGAGGGGAGCAGCGUGCGAUGGGGAGGUGGGACGAGAUACCAUGCCGGGUCGGGGAGGAGAAGCAGGAAGGGAUGAGUGGUGGGAAGCAGGAGGAGCAAGAAUUGGUGUUGUUAGAGAAAAGAGGGAGGAGGGAGGUCGAAAGGAGGGUGUCAGACGGAAGUCUGGGGAUGGGGGAGAAGGCAAGGAGGGGGCGAGAGGGAAGGUUGAUAUCAAGGAGGGUGCGAGAGGAACGGGUGACAGUAAAGUGUGUGUGGUGGUGUGUGGGGCUCCACUUGCUGAUGGUGGAAGCUGCUGGGAAGCUCCUGUGAAGGGCCGAGUGAGGUGUGUGCUGCACAAGGGCAUCCGUGUCAAAGGGAGAUCGAGUGUUCUGUGAGGUGUCGUAGUGGUUAGCGAUACGUACUGUACAACCCAGUCCGGUACAAAGUACGUACAGGUACAUCAGAAGGAUCCUUAUAUACAUAGCCCAUCAGUAUUUGUAAAAGGCUCGACGGGGCUCAAAGCAAUGUAGGGCUGCUGCUCUGCCAGUGCACGGAUGUUAUAAUUGAUGGGCUAGAUUCUCGUACAAAUGCCCGCUGCAAGUGUCUAUCCCUACGUACAGUAUGUUUCAACUCAAUGGGUUGUGUCAUAGUAUCUUAUGGCUAUGGAAGAUUUCUAGGAUG